AAACAGAGCAACAGACAGCUAGUUAGUUGUCAUAUCCUGCAUGCACGUCCUAACCGCGUGGUGGUGUUCUUCGAGGCUAGCUCUGAUAUAACGUUUGGCUUGGAAAGGCCAUUUCUGCGGCCCAACGCCUCAUUUGCUUGCUGAAAUUAUCUUGUUCUUGCACAAGUUAGUUGUUGAACUACAUCGCUCCUCGAAAAUUACUUAACGAAAUGGAGAAGGAACCAGUACGAGUAUGCGUCACAGGAGCAGCAGGGCAGAUUGCCUAUUCUCUAUUGCUGCGUAUUGCUCGCGGUGAUAUGUUUGGAGCAGAUCAGCCUGUGGUCCUUCAUCUCUUGGAUCUUGACUUCAUGAUGGAGUCUCUCAAUGGUGUUGUCAUGGAGCUAGAUGAUUGCGCCCUGCCCUUGUUGGUUGAGGCUGUAGCAACAUCAGACGUAGCCGUCGCAUUCAAGGAUAUUGAUGUGGCAAUUCUGGUCGGUGCAUUCCCCAGGAAGGAGGGCAUGGAGCGUGCUGACCUUCUGAAGCGUAACGUCAGUAUCUUCAAGAGUGCUGGGGAGGCACUGAGUGCACAUGCUAAGAAGACAGUCAAGGUCCUGGUUGUUGGCAACCCAGCUAAUACCAACUGCCUGAUCUGCCAGCGCAGUGCCAGUGGCAUCCCUGCUGAGAACUUCACAUGCCUGACCAGACUCGACCAGAACCGUGCUCAAGUCCAGAUUGCCAAGCGAUGUGAUGUGAACGCGCAAAAUGUGUCGAACGUCAUCAUCUGGGGUAACCACUCUUCAACUCAGUUCCCUGAUGUCCGCUUCACUCAGGUACAGGUUGGCGAGACCUCUCAUCAGGCAACUGAUCUGAUCAAAGAUGACAUUUGGCUGAAGGGGGACUUCAUCAAGACUGUACAGACGCGUGGGGCAGCCGUCAUCAAGGCUCGCAAGCUCUCCAGCGCUAUGUCUGCAGCUCAGGCCAUUGUAGACCACAUCCGUGACUGGACCUGUGGAACUUCUGGUGACUCUUGGACAUCAAUGGGCAUUGUGUCGGACGGUAGCUAUGGUGUACCAGCUGGUCUCAUCUACAGCAUGCCUGUGCGUAUCAGCCCCGGCGGCGCUUAUCAAAUUGUGCAGAACCUCGAGAUCAACGACUUUGCGCGUGAGAUGAUGGACAACACUGCUAAGGAGCUCCUUGAGGAACGUGAGCUUGCGCUGCAGUUUCUUGCUUGACUAGGCCCUGUGAAGAGUGGCAUCCGCUCUUCAUUGUGAGAAUGCUAAAGCGUAUUUCUUCUUAGUGUCAUGUCUCGGCGCAACUGCCUUUGAGCAGCUUUCAUUUCAAGCUGCAUAGUGGAUUUCAAUGUAUUGCGCUCCUAAACCCAUCAACUUUCUUGUUGAUUUUAGUCACACUCCUUUUUUUAUUCUACGGUUUCUCCCAGUGUUUAGAGUAUUGUCGUUUCUAGUUACUAUUGUUCAUUAUCCACCUCCUUUUUAGUUGCAUUGUGGUACCCGUGACUGCAAUCUUUCCCAAACUUCCUGUCUUUUGUUCUUUCUCCAAAUUUCCAUUAGGCAAUACUCCUUUCGUAUCCUUUCAGUACGUGACCUUGUCACAGAAAACAAGUAAUAGCAUGGUUUCUUUUUAGCUGGCCCAUGCCUGGUCUUCAUCAACCACAUAAUGUGCUCUUUGCGGACCUCUCAACAACCUGAGGAUGGCGUUGGAAA